CCGUUCCGUUUGAGUCAGAUGAGUUAGUAGUAUUUAAGGAGGUGCGAGGCACCUAGUUAACAAUCUAAAGGUAUCGUUUAUAUCUUUGCUGUCAGCCACUUCCUCCAAAAGUACGCAGGAAUAAUAAUGAUGUCUYUUAAGCUUUUGGGAUUUUGUCUCGUUUUUUUGGUUGCUCACGUCGACAAAGUAGUCGCUAAGCCUCAGCCAAGGUACACAUCAUUAGCCAAAUGCAUCGGACUCUCUUCAUCAUCCACACCAAACCAGAUUCUAGACCGCCUUACCGCGAAUAUGUACGCGAUGAUCUCUCCUACAACAGGAAAAGCCUCUCGGGCUCCAGCUUCAAGAAACAAAUUAAACACAAAAAGUUUAAGGUGCCCCUUUAUUUGGACAAUUGAUAAAGAUCCUAACAGACUGCCUAGUAUACUUCUGAAAGCCAAGCUGAGCGCAUGUCCCAAAAGCAACACCGCUUGCGCUACUAAUUGUCACCCCAUAACGUACGGUCAUCAGGUCUUGAAGUUCAAAUGCAGUGAUGUGUGGGAAUGGACGACUGUAAACCUCCCGAUUGGUUAUUUCUGAGUGCGACAAGAAACAAGUAACACUUCUUUCUACUUUUUUCAAAAGUAACGAUUUAGUGUAAGAAUUGCAUAACAGGUCACGUGAUAUCAUCUCCCUCCUAAAUUUAUAGAAUAAUUUUGAAAUAUAAAAAGAACCUUGUAAUUGAUAAAUAGGUAUCUCUACACUCUUGUUUAAAAUGGUCAUAAAUGUUGUAUAAAACACACUAACAUCUAAUGAUUUUCCUCAUGUUGAGAUGCCACUUGCUUCAAUUAACGCACUGUGAGACCGAAAAGGUUUGUGGGUACGUAGUACAACAGCGUUGUUUGAAUUAUCAAAACAAUGAGCUAUGUGUUUCGUAAGUGAUUUUAAAUGCCAGUCAUGAUAGUCAUAAUUAACAUAAUCAAAAUUGGCUCUUAGUUGGUAUGCGAGGAGAGAUUGUUACGUGACCUUUUAGUGCACAAGUCCUUUGUAUUUCAAACUUAUAUCAUAAGAAAUGUAAAUCAGUUCUGGUUAUGUGUCACUAUUUUGUAUCAAAAUAUACUGGAUUUUCUGACAAUAUUUGUACUGAAUUAGUAUAUUCCGCAUUUCUACUUCAUGUAAUGGUGUAGCUAAUAUACUCUCGAAAUAAACUUGUCAUAAUCAUUGUA